CGCAGCCGCCAUCGCCAUCACCGCCAUAGCCACGCGGGGCCUCUCGGGCGCCCGGGGCUGUCCGCGGCGCUGCCUGCGCCGGCCCGGGGCGGGUCCGCCUGGCCAAGGACGCCGCCGCCGCCGCCGCCGCCGAAAGCGAAAUGCUGGAGGCCCCACCCCUGCUGUUGGCAGCCUUCUCAUUGGGCCUGGUGCUGCUGGUGCUGCUGCUGUGCCACUCCUACUCGGGCUUUCUCCUUAUCUGCUGGAAUGAGUUCGUCCUGCAGCCCCUCUACAACCUGUUCAUGGGCGACACCAAGGAGCAGCGUAUCCUGCGUCAUGUGCUGCAGCAUGCGGUGGCCGGGGACCCACAAAGUGUGCUGGAGGCCAUCGAUACCUACUGUUUACAGAAGGAGUGGGCUAUGAAUGUGGGUGACAAGAAAGGCCAGAUCUUGGAUGCAGUGGUGCGGGAACAGCGCCCAUCGGUGCUGCUAGAGCUGGGGGCCUACUGCGGCUACUCAGCCGUGCGCAUGGCCCGCCUGCUGGAGCCCGGGGCCCGACUGCUCACCAUUGAGCUCAACCCUGACUACGCCGCCAUCACCCAGCAGAUGCUGGACUUUGCAGGCCUGCAGGACAGGGUAACCGUUGUGGCCGGGCCAUCCCAGGACAUCAUCCCCCAGCUGAAGAAGAAAUACGAUGUGGACAUGCUAGACAUGGUCUUCCUUGACCACUGGAAGGACCGGUACCUGCCAGACACCCUUCUCCUGGAGGAGUGUGGCCUGCUACGGAAGGGGACAGUGUUGCUGGCCGACAACGUCAUCUGCCCAGGAACACCAGAAUUCCUGGCAUAUGUGCGCAACAGCAGCCGCUUUGAGUGCACACACUUCACCUCGUACCUGGAGUACUCGACAGCAGUGGAUGGCCUCGAGAAGGCUGUCUACAUGGGCCAGGAUGGCCCAGCACAGCCUUGACCACCCACCCUGCUCCAGGCUCCCUUGCCAAGCCUGGUUAUGAAAAGCACAACAGAUGCACUCCCGCCAACCCUGCUUUUGCAGUUCUGGGGUCUGUCCUCAAUGUAGCACACUUGAGGCUUGUGAGGCCAAAGCCUGCCUACACUGGACCCUCUGCACGGCGACUGGGCUGUCACCACUGGUCCACCCUAAGUGCAGCCAGCUUACCAUGCAAAAUCACUGCAAUACAUCUGGAAAGUACGUUUGUAAAUACCAAUCAGAACAGGUGGUGCCUGUGAUGGUGUCACUCACUCCCACCAGCAUUUUCGAUCAAUUAGGUUUCUUACAUCGACAGGUCCUCAGGCACUGACAUAUUCAGCAGACAUUGGAAGUCGGCGGGGGGGGGGGGAGUUGGGAACAUUUGGAAACUGUUGGGCUGUGCACUCAGUCUGUCCUUCAGGUUUGCCAUCACCAGGUGGCAGCAAUGCCUCAGUGAUGGCACUGUGCCCAACAACUAUCCACUUGUGAUUCCUGCAUUCUUUCACCUUCUUGUAAAGAAUGAAACACAACUUUACUAACAUCAGCUCAGUGUUAAUAAUCCUAUAUGCCAGUAUCACAUUUAAAAGAUGCUAAAAGAGAAAUUAAAAAUCUAAAUAUUUAAAUAAAAGAGAUCAACUUAGUGCUUCUUUUUAA